AUGCGUAUGAGAAGCUACCUACAAGUUACANCCGCCGCCGCCGCCGCCGCCACUGCCGCGACGAAAUUCGUGGGUGUUCGCCAGCGCCCGUCGGGGCGAUGGGUCGCGGAGAUAAAGGGCACGACCCAGAAGAUCCGGAUGUGGCUCGGCACCUUCGAGACGGCCGAGGACGCGGCGCGGGCCUACGACGAGGCCGCGCGGAUAAUGUGCGGCCCGAGAGCGCGAACCAACUUCGCCUACACCGCCAACUCCGCUUCGCCGCCGCCGAACCACCCCAAGUUCCUGUCGGCGGCGCUCACCGCGAAGCUCCACCGCCUCAACUUGGUCUCGUCCCUGCAAUCGGCCACCGCUCUGCAGCCGAUGACCGCCGCCGCAAAAGACGCGGCGCGGAGGGCUCAGAAGAAGCCGGCGGCAGCGGCUGUGACGAAGGCGAAGGCGGCGGCGGCGGCGGCUGGGACAGACAGCAGUGCUGAAGUGCACUUCAGCUACCUGGAGGACCGCCAGCACAUCGAGCAAAUGAUUGAGGAGCUGCUGGACUCAAACCUCUACAUGGAACUCUCCAGCUCUCCACAGUGAUAGGUUAAUGUAAUCUUUUUUCUAUUAGUUAUUAUUAUUAUUAUUAUUAUUAUUAUUAUGGUUUAAUUAUUAGUUUGAUUAAUUCCUUUUAAAAUGAUGAGUACGUGUACAGUAGUGUUUCUACACAUGAGUUAUAUGUAGCCUUUGGUUUUAGUGGCAAUGAAUUAAGAAGAGUAUAAGUAUAAUGAAGAAUCAGCUUAAUGUUGAAG